UUCAAAAUAUUCAAAUUUUGUUUGCCUUUCCAUAAAAUGUUCAGUUUUUAAAAAAAUGUUCUCAGAAUUCAAAAAUUGUUCUCAUUGCACAAAAAAGUUCAAAACUUUCGAAAAUUAAUAUAAUGUACCCGACUUCAAUUUUUUGUUCACGUUUUCAAAAAAUGUUCGUGCUUCGAAAUUUGUUCGGGAUUUUUCAAAUUUGUUCUACGUUUUAAAAUUUGUUCUCAAUAUUCAAAAAAUGUUCGUGCUUUAAGAAAUUGUUCGCGCUUCUAAAUUUGUUCUACGUUUCAAAAUUUGUUCUCAAAUUCAAAACAAAUGUUCAUGCUUUAAAAAACAUUCCGCGCUUCCAAAUUUGUUCUCCGUUUCAAAAUUUCUUCUCAAGAUUUAAAAAAUGUUCGUGCUUUAAAAAAUAUUAAUGUUCAAAUUUUGUUCUCGAUUUUAAAAUUGUGUUCUCUAAAUUCAAAAAAUGUUCGGGAUUUUAAAAAGUGUUCAUUUUAUCAAAACUUUGUUCAAGAUUUUAGUUUUUCUUCUAACAUUUUCAGCAAACGCGAACAAUUUUUGAAUUUUUUAAAAUUUUGAACAUAUCCAAUGUUUAAGGUUUCUAGGUGGGGGUCUUAGCUAUGUAGUACUCACUCCGUUCCUAAAUAUUUGUCUUUCUAAACAUUUCAAAUGACUACUCAUUUUAUCAAAACUUUGUUCAAGAUUUUUAGUUUUUCUUCUAACAUUUUCAGCAAACGCGAACAAUUUUUGAAUUUUUUAAAAUUUUGAACAUAUCCAAUGUUUAAGGUUUCUAGGUGGGGAUCUUAGAUAUGUAGUACUCACUCCGUUUCUAAAUAUUUGUCUUUCUAGACAUUUCAAAUGACUACUACAUGCGGAUGUAUGUAGACAUAUUUUAGAGUGUAGAUUCACUCAUUUUGAUCCGUAUGUAGUCAUUUGUUGAAAUGCCUAGAAAGACAAGUAUUUAGGAACGGAGGGAGUAGAUGAUAUGUUAAAGUACGCGCGCUACAUAUGACCGAAGGUUUGCUCAAAGAAAAAACAUACGUAUGACCGAAGGAGUUUGUUAGCUCGCCUGGUCAGCGACAAGGGUAUACUAGCUCCAGGUGGAGGGUCAUUUUAGGUGAUUUUUUUCGCUGUUUCGUCGCGACGAUGGGCCGGCCCAUUCGGGGGCUGUUUCUGUGCGGCGCGUGCGAAUCGGACGCAAAGAGCGGCGCAUAGGAGGUCUCCAAACCGCGCCCGCACGUUUAAGGGUGGGCCGGCCCAGAGGACCAGGUCUGCUGCACGGAUCGUUCUUCCUUCCCCUGCCCCGCUGCCGCCGCACCGCCACCUCCACCGCCGGGGACUCGCGCCUCCCAUCCCAGCAAAGCCCUGUUGCUGCUGUCCAAUGGCUCGGAAGGAUCUCUCCCGUCUCCGGCGGGCCUGCGAUGAUGACCGUCUCAGCGCGCUCCCUGACGACCUGCUCCUCCUAAUCCUGCGCCGUCUCGACAGCCGCACCGCACACGGCGCCGCGGCGCUCUCCAAGCGCUGGGCUCACCUCCCCCGGGAGCUCACCGCCCUGGAUCUCAAAGUGACCGACACACUGCCACAGCGCUACCGCCGAUGCCUCCUCCGCCGCGGCGAAGCCACGAGAUCGCUGCAACUAGCCCAGAUUGCCAGAAAGCUAGAGGAUAUCGCCGGGCGGUACCAGCGCCGCGCCAUGCGCUCCAUGGUCGCCUCUGUCCGGAGCCUCUUGGCCAGCGGACUUCACCGGCGUGUGAAUAGGCUAUCGCUCGAGAUCUUCGAAGACAGCACCUCGGCCUGCAUCAACAGCCUUAUAGCGGAAGCCGUCGACUCCUGGGGCGUCCAGGAUCUCGCGGUCGUUGCCACGCCGACCGAGCGGACCGUGAACACGCCGCCGGCCUACGAUCUCCCCCAUGGUCGCAUCAGCAGAAAGCCAGGCGAGUCUCGCCUGCAAAGCCUCAAGCUUUCCAACUGCUUGCCCCCGCCGCUUGAGGGGUUCACCGCGCUCACCACGCUCGUCUUGCAAGACUUGCCCAGAUCAACGCCGGCGGCCGUCUACCGGAGGGUGAUUGCCGCGUGCCCGCAGCUGCAGAUUCUGCACCUCAUCCGCUGCGGGUACAAAAGCAGAGCCUUUGCACUGAUACUCAACGCACCCAUGUCAGGAAUCAGGGAGCUUCUAUGGGACGGCCCGUUGAUGCUAGUUGAGAUCCGCUCUCUCCCGAAGCUCCAGAGCCUUACUGUUCUGCACGCCAACCUUCUGUUGAGCUCCGCCGCCUCCCCUUGCCUCGAGCAUGUGAGCUUCGUCUUCUCCGUUGAUCAAGGUUCUUUCCGGUACAACUCGAAGCUGGAGACCAUCUCUGUCAUCCUCAUGCGGUUCUUUCAAGGCGCCGUCGGCAUGACGGACCUCGCCCUGCGGAUUACCGGGCCAGGUAUGUGGAUCGCCCUGAAGAAUCCGGUCUGUCAAAUGGCCAACGUAAGGAGGCUGCUGAUUGCGGACGUGCCUUCCUCCUGGGAUGUCUCGGGCUCAGGGCCGCACCUGCUCAUCGACGCAGCACCAUUGCUUGAGAGCAUCCACGUCCAUGUUCCCAAACCCGAGGAGGAGCCGUGCCGGAAGACGCCGUGGCCGCCCUCGACCGCGCGCCACCACCGCCAUCUGAAGGAGCUGGUGGUCGUCGGCUUUCAGGGAACAGAGAGGCAUCUUCACCUUGUAAGGUACGCCGUGGAAGCGUCCACGGCGCUGAGCCGUGUUGCUCUGUUCAAGCAUGGACAUGUCAGGGAGAAGGAGCCCUGCGGCUGGGAGAUGGUGACCCUGCGAAGCAAGUGGAGUGACGAGGAGAAGCGCGCCGUUCUGGAUAGAGUCUGCUGCCCCACCGCCCAAAUUGAAGUGGUGCUAGGUUGAAUUCAGUCUCUGCAGUGUAUGCAGGAAAUUAUUAUUACGCUUCUGGGAUUAAUUUGUGUUCUUCGAGUAAGGAUGAUCGAUGUUUGUCUGGUUUCUGGAUUUUGCUAAUAAGUGAGAAGAAGAAAAUGAAGGUUGUGUGAUGUAAUCUGUAUGCUAUGUAACUGAAAUGUUUCCUGCCUUACUUGCUGCUGUUUUGUACUACCUCAUAGCGAGGUCGAUAUGAGACGGCCAUCCUGAAAUAAUCAAAGGUGGUCUGCAGGCAUCAGAAGGCAAGAUGAAGUAACACGUCUUUGUUCCACGACUCGGAGUCUGUUACUCCCUGUACUACUUGGAUCACAUCGGUUGCUAAUUAGUUGAUGAACGUCAUAUAUUCCUUGGUCUAAGAUGGCAUCUGGUGCUUGAAACUGCGGCUGUACUAAUAAGGUGAGAUGUUAAUUUACGUUUGCAGAAUCACUUUAAGUUUCAUUUGAUUAUUCGAGUAUCAGUAUAAAUGUCUUAUUGCAUAUUGCCAGAUGUUUUUGUAUCACCUUUGCUGGAUACACCAUAACUGUAAUUUGGCCUGAUGGAGUUCUCUCAUUUUCUAUCUCAUACUAUACUAGAUGUGUUCAUGUGGUCGCCUUGAUUUUGGCUUUCGAUAAAGGACUGAACUUAGUUUUUGUGCUUCAGUCAUUGAAUAUCUAGCAAUAUAUUCAUCUUCGGCAAGCAGCUACUCCAAACUCCAUCUCUCCAAACGGCAUAGGAUAGCCUGAUGUUUCAUGUGCUCUCUGAGUCAAAUUGCAGCUCGUGUCGCCUAUCCAUUCUUCCCUUGCUUUGGUAACUCCACCAACUUGCUGCCAUGUAUUGUAGAUUAUGUAGAGAGUUUGUUGUUUCCAUGAAAUCACCAAGAUUGUGUCUAAAAAUCUGAAGCCUGUAUUCAUUUGAAACAAUUCACCAGUUUAUUGGCGCAUUUAGAGGGCUAAUGUCUUUCAUUCAGUCACUAAGCUAGAGUAAUAAUCCUAAAUGUAGUAGCCAUCCAAAAAAACAAGCAAACAUCAGUUGAUAGGCGGUCUGAACGCCAUGGGCGUAACAGCUCCUCUCGGGGCCUGAAAGCCAUAGCCAUAGAAGCCCCUUCUGAACGCGGUGAUCGAAAAGAAAAACUGAAAUGUUUCCUGCACUUACCUUCUGCUGCCUUGUAUUGCAUAGUGAGGUCAAUAUGCUGGAGUAUCAUGCUUCUUUUGCAAACUUGGGUGCCGCAAUCGCUUCUUUAUAUUUCCCUAAUUGCUAUUUUCUGUACACAAGUUUCAGCAGCAGCUACCUUUAUGAGCAAUUGAGCAUUGUUGCAAUCGUUGGUUGGUAUCUACAUUACUUUACAUGUUUGAUUUAUACUCCGUCUAUCGGUGGUCAUCCAUGCCUAGAAUCUGGGCAUAGAUGUUCUGAACUUGAGAAGUGAUCGGAGUGAAAUCUCACAUGUCCCAAGUUGCUAAAUGUAGCUUCUUCUGGAGGACGGAAGAUCCCCUGUUUUUUACCAACAGUUGAACUGUGCUUGCAGUACAGAUGCGCGCAUCCUAGUUAUUUGGCUCUCUGAAAACUUGUUUUUUUGUGUCAUCGUUGUUUUUUAAGAUAAAAUCACAGUUGAGCAAGCUGCUUCGUCUCCGCCUUGCUCAGGUACUUUUUUUUUGAAAUUUUUUUCGAACUUUAUUCAUUAGAAAUAAUCAUUACAUCGUUUAUGAGGAUUGGUACAAUU